AUGUACAAGUUCCCAGGAGUUGCUUUCAUUACUGGUGCUGGAGGAACUGGCAUUGGCGCCGCCGUCGCCAGAGGCUUCGCGCGAUCGGGAUGCUCGAGAAUUGCCAUUACCGACCUGAACAAAAAGUCGCUAGCAGACACACGGAAUGUGAUUCUCCAGAUUGAUCCGAAAGCCCAAGUGUUGAGCCGAGAAGGGGAUGUCUCCGACGAAAGCUUCGUCAAUUACUUUGUACAAGAUGUCGCCAAACAAUUCGGGCGUAUCGACUACUCUGUUAGUUGCGCUGGGAUCCUCGGUCAAUCACUGCGGUCGCACGAAACAUCGACAGCUGCUUUUGACCUUAUUACGAACGUCAACUGCAAGGGUAGCUGGCUGGUUUCUCGUGCUGUGCUAAGCCACAUGCUAAACCAGCAACCGCAUGAGGAGCAUCCGAGUCAGCGAGGAGCCAUCGUCAACAUUGCUAGUCAACUCGGUGUCGUGGCGCGGCCAGCGGCAGCGCCAUAUUGCGCGUCCAAAGCAGCAAUAAUCAACAUGACUCGAUCGGAUGCCAUCGAUUAUUCUCAAGACGGGAUUAGGAUCAAUUGCGUUUGUCCGGGUGUGAUUGCUACGCCAAUGACAACAGCAUCCGAAGAACUAGUCCAAAGACUGAGACCUGCGAUCGAUAUUGCACCCAUGAAGCGAAUGGGUACACCCGAAGAAGUGGCGAACGCGGUCUUAUUCCUAUGCUCCAGCCAGGCUUCAUUUGUUCAAGGGCAUGCAUUGGUGGUUGACGGAGGCUAUAUUAUUAACUAA